AUGUUAUUAGCAUCAAAGACAAACCUUGAACCGACGGUCCUCGUGAACCUCAGCAUGGGUUUACUGGUCUUGAUAUUAGCUUUUAUCGGAGCAUGCUGUCGUCAAGUAUAUGCGAAACAUACAGCUAGGGAACCAUUACUUCUCACGGUUGAGCCCAAGGGUUCCAACUUUCUGAAGAUGGAAAUAGAGACGGAGAAGAGCUUUAAUGGUAGAAUCGCACAAGACCCCAGGGUGUCAGGCAAUACCAAGGACGAGAGAUCAUCAUAUCCUUGGACUGCAUGGACAUGGGCCUUUACAACAAGUGACCGCGCAAGAGUUGAAUAUCAGCUUCAGGGUAUUGACACUAUUAUGUUUAGAGGGUUUGAAGCGCAGAAGGUUACCGGAUUGGAUCACUGA